AUGGACAUUCAUUUAUCACAUUGGUUGCAAGAUGACAUGGAAACUAUUUAUUCAGUUUCCUCUGGAUCUACUGGAUCAACAUAUGUCCCUAGCAGUGAUGAUAAUAGUAGUUCUAAAUUUUCUGAUGAUGAAAAGGAAAACAAAAUUUCAAAGAAACAUGAGCAAACCAAAGGAGCAGCUG